AUGAGCUCACGCCGGCGAAAUGGCCAGGCUGCUUCCUGCGAGCCGUGUCGGAUGGACAAGGUGCGCUGUGAUCAUCAGCUCCCUGUCUGUGGCAGAUGUCGGAAACGCAAUACAGAGAGCCAUUGCUAUUACCAUCCAGCCCCCCUGACAAAAGACCAGACUUACCCAGCUCUUCAACUGGGUAGACCACGCGUAUCGCGCUCAGCAAGGAAACCUGCUCGGAAGGCUCCCCAAAAAGCAGCGUCGCCUACGCCAUCGUCGGUCGAGAUUGCUAUCCGGACUCCAGAGGCAAACCAGUCCCAUCCGCCAGGCUAUUUUGGCCCAAGCAGUAUUGUGUCUACACUUACCGGGAGCUUAGAGAAUACGCUCACGCCUUCGGACGAUGAAUAUCAAGGGGUGGGAAGUAGACACUCUGUUUUACCCUCGUAUUGGGUAACCGAGACAACAAAGAUGUUAAGUAUACUAACCGAAGGCCCUACAAUUGAGCGAUUAGUGUGUGAGUUCUAUGGUGUAACUCACACUGCUGUUCUGCCAACUGCCUUCGUUCUCAGCCUCAUGAACGAAGUACGGGAAUUUAUAAAACAGAGCGAAACGUCACAAACUCUACACGAAAAGACAAUCCAGGUUCUGGAGAGCACUGCGCAAAGACCACGAGUUCCUUCUGAUAUAAUGGGAAGAGACUUCCACAAGCUGUUUAGCAGCAACCGGAUGCGCCUGGAAAUUAUUGGCGUAGUGUAUGCCAUUGCUGGACGGGCUAGCUUUUUUGGAUUUGCUCAAGACAAGUUCCCAGCGUUUGCUGGCAAUGCAUUCGCAGAGCGUCUUAAAUUCUCUAGAAGGAUGUUGUCGGCGAGCGAAACAGCUGUACAGAUAUGCAGGAUGCUGACCCCAACGAACGACUUAACGGCUUGGAUGUUGUAUGAAAACUGGCUGCUGUCUUGCAUGUUCCAUGGCGACUCCAGUAGGUCCAGCAAGUUCAAUUCAUGGCUCAGCACGGUAAAGAUCAUGAGUACGAGAAUCGCUGACGCUGUUCACUACAAAGGUCCCCCAACCUGGAAUCGGCUUGGAGAGUUGUCCAGCUGCAUUUUCGAGUUGGGUUUACAUCGUGACAGUCAUGGUCACGGCCACAAGGGAGAAAACAUUCCUGUGUUCCUGCGAGAAGUACGGCGAAGACUGUAUGCCGGCUUAUACCACAAUGAUAAGAAUAUAGCAACGUUUUUUGGACGCCCACCGCGCGUAUCCUGGAGGCAUUCCGACUGCGGACUCCCUCUAGAUAUUAGUGAGGAAGCCUUGCUAGGUGAUGAGCAAGACCUGGAGCGGGCCAUGGCGGAGCUAGAUAGCGAGGGCUGGAGUGUCAAUGCUACCUUUCGUCGCGCCUCCUGGUACCGGAUUCGAUAUCUUGUUAGCUCGUUUCGAGAAGAGAUACUUGAAUUGUCUCUACGGCCUCUUGACCAUGAAGCUGCCAGAAGACUAAGGCUACUUGCCCAGCAUGACCCCUCCGCCGAGAAAGCAUUGCUCGACAUUGUCUUAUACGGCUUUUCCAGCGCUGGUACCCUCAUCAAAGCCCUCCAGACGCAAGCCCGAACUGGCAACCCAAUUCCCUAUACCGGCUCUAGAGCAGAGCUGAUCCGCAACCUCAGCGUUUUUAACGCGCAUAUAGAAUCAAUGGCUCGACCAUUGACAUCAAACCUUAAUUACGCGCUGUUUGAGCGCGCGAGCAAGAUGUUUACCGAUAUCCUUGACGAGAUCUUGGAAUCUUCUUUACCGGUCUCAUCAGCAACGGCCAAUGCCGCAGAAGUCGGGAUGGUUAUGAAUACUCCAGCGGAAGAAGAUAUGAGUAGUUGGGCUGCUGAUGGUAUGGAGUUCUUGGAUACUUUGGACUUUAACGUGGUCUUUGACCAGUGGGUCUUUUAG